CAAUCACCAACCAAAUUUGUGUCUCAAACAUUAUAAAGUACAAUCAGCGCCACCCACAAAACACAUCUCCUGCCGCCCGGACAUCCCCUCCUCAGGUUUCCUUCUCUUUAAUUUUGUUCUGAAAUAUAUACUUGGUUUUUUCAUUACCCACAUGGAGUUCGAUUUUUUAGUCUUUGGUUUUUAAUUUGUGAUCUGUGUUCGAAUAUAUUCAUUUUUUUUUUAUAAAAACUUUGUCAAUUCAACUCGAAUUGGUUUGUUUAUAUUUUGUUAAUCUAUUAGCACCUUAGGCUUCUGUAAAUAUUAAUAUUUUGUUACGUAGUCUGUCAAUUUUGAGCCUAACCCCCACAGGCCGGCCAACAUAGGUGUGCUAGCUCGUGGAAGAAUAAAAGAUCCUUCACAUCAACCAACAUAAAUGAUCGAGUGUGCUAAUUAAUCAAUACAUACUUGUAUUAACAAAGAAAAAUUAAUUCAGCCUUCUUAAUGGUCAUUUGAAUUCACAAUAUUUUUAAUUGAACUCAAAUUUUAAGUCUGGUCUGAUUUGAUCUGGUAGAUGUAUAGUGUGUGUUUUAUAAUUAUUGAAAUCUAGUCUGAUUGUUGAAGUCUGGUUUGACUUCUUUUGAUCUGAUUUAAUUUAUUUGUUGACAUACUACGAUUAUGACUCCAAGUCUCCGGCCAAAUUGACUCCAAAUUUUAAAGAGAUUAUUAAAAACAUACGAAGUGUAGGUUGAGCGACCCAUCCAAUUGAAUACGGAGUUACAUAAUGGAAGAGGCUGCCGCCAUCAGUUCUUCUGACUCGUUAAAAAGGUAUGCAGUUGUGACAGGAGGAAACAAAGGGAUAGGGUUGGAAAUAUGCAGGCAAUUAGCUAGUGAUGGGGUUAUGGUGGUUUUGACCGCCAGAAGUGAAAAAAGAGGAAUUGAAGCCGUGGAGAAACUGAGAUCAUGUUAUGGUUUGCAUGAUUCCGUGGUGUUCCAUCAGCUCGAUGUUGUCCAUCCAUCCUCUAUUUCUUCACUCCUCCAAUUCGUCAAAAUCAACUUUGGCAAGCUUGACAUUUUGGUAAAUAAUGCAGGAGUUCUUGGAGUUGUUGCGGAUGAAAAUGCUAUAAAGGCUUCAGCGGGUGGUAAAAUAAAUUGGAAGGGUAUACUUACUCAGAAUUAUGAGUUGACUGAAGAAUGCUUGGAGAUAAAUUACAAUGGCACAAAGAAAAUGGUGGAAGCAUUUCUUCCUCUCCUCCAACUGUCUAAGUCUCCCAGAAUUGUAAAUCUCACCUCGGGUUGGGCAAAAUUGGAGAAUAUUGGCAAUGAAAGGGCGAAAAGAGUUUUGAGCAAUGUUGAAGGUGAGGUAGCGGAGGUGGAUGAAGUGGUGAGUGAGUACCUAGAGGACUUGAGAAAGGUGGGGGCGGCGGCGAUGCAAGAAAAGGGGUGGCCUUCUAUCAUGUCUGCGUAUGCCGUCUCCAAAGCAGCCAUGAAUGCAUAUUCAAGGAUCAUAGCGCACAAGUUCCCUUCCUGUCAGGUCAACUGCGUCUGCCCCGGCUACGUCAAGACGGACAUUACCUACCACACUGGGGACUUCACCGCUGAAGAAGGUGCCUCCGCUGUUGUGCGGGUGGCUCUGCAGCCGGAAGAUGGACCUUCUGGCGUUUUCUUUGACCGGCAAGAGAUUAUUUCAUUUUAAUAAUAAUAAUAAUAGGAGUAAUAAUAAUCAUGUAAUGCUGAUGAGAAUGAUGACGAUAUACCAACAACAACAACAAUAAUAAUAAUAAUAAUAAUAAUAAUAAUAAUAAUAAUAAUAAUAAAUCAGAUUUUUUUACUUUAAUCCGACUUAAUAACAAUAAUACGUUAUUAAUAAUAUCAUAGAUGCACUACUACUUAUGCAAUCCUGAAGAAGCACUACUAGAAAAACAUUUGCGUACUACCGUUACGUACUGUUACAUUUGGUUUCAUCUAUUGUAAUGGUUAUAUAUCAUUUGGUUCAUUUGCGU